GCAUUCGAUUCCGACCGAUCGGAUCAAACUCCCGCGUGCUGUGCCUUGGUACAGACCUGCCAGUCGAUAUACAAACGCACGUCAACACCAGUUGAAAUCACUCGAAUUGAGGAAACCAAAAACUGUGAAGUUUGCUUGUUUACGUCUUCCACGCGAAACGACGCUCUCGUUAUUUCCGGAACCGUUAAAUAUAACUCACCGCUAUAAAUCUUGCAUGUUCUCUCUGGCCUCUAUUUGAACACAAGUCUAAAGUCUAUCGCUUUGGCGCUACUAUUUUCGUGAAGACAGUCUGCGUUACAGUCGGAAUAAUGUUCCGUGAUGCAACGGCGGUGAUAAAAGCAUCAUCAAGAUCGUCAUCCACAUUAGCAAUUGGUGCAAAACGAAAAACGAUGUCGUACCGACUGACGAUUGCGCUGGCCCUCGUUUUCCUCGUGUCCGGCCUCUGGCCCCAGAUGGUCACGUCGGCCCCAACGCCUCAACAGCAAGAUGCUGGUGCAUUGGCUGGCCUAUUGGACGCUGAUAGUUUGGCGAGUGCCGGCCGAGAUGACGGGAACAACGACGGAGCAACAGAGUUCAGGUAUGGCGGAUGGUGGAGUAAAGGGGAACCAGCAAAGCCGCCCGAUAUCCGUGCCCACAACCAACACCCGACUGGCCCCAAAUCACCACCUGAAAUUCAUAUCAUCGACAAUGUCAACCUUCUAUUCACCUCCUUCCAAGAUCACGCACAGCAUGCCUCCAGCACAACCACAUCCAACACAUCCUCGCUAUCGACUCCUUCACCUCCACCAACAAGGACCAUAACGCCACGCAGCGUUGACGAGGACGAUCAAACCAAUUCUGUCUUCAACAUCGUCAUUCAGAAGGAAAAAACUCUGAAAUCUGCUUUCAUUGCACCCGAUGUCAAUUGGCUGAGAGAUCUGGUGCCCAAAGUGGUCGAUGUCGUCGAUAAGCCCGACACCACCAUCAAGGAAACCAUUUUCCGCGUCAUGGACAAACAAAGCACGGACGAAGGUCGACAGAUUUUGGUCAAUGUCGUCAAAGCGCAAGUCGAUUCAGAGGAUGAAGUACCGCAAAUCCUCGCCCGUCUUCGCAAUCUGAUGCAAACGGGCGAAGGCGUGGACUUGGCGCUCGUUGAAAGACGAAACAACGGCAGCGUCCAAGCUGAGGAUCGACCUGUCAUCAUCAACGUUGUCAUUGUUAACGUCCUCAGCGUCAACGUCGUCAACGUAAUCGUUCCGGUGAAUCCAAACGAAAAGGCCAGAACACCCGAUACUUCCAUCGACGAAGACUCUUACAUCGAAGCUCUCAGAGAAUCGCAAAGAAAUCGCAAUACAGGCUCAACUCUGACGAUGACUCCACCGCAUCCGCACAACCAGGACGAGAAACAUGACGAGGCCCAACCGCAUGACGGUCCGCACGUCGUCGGUCAAGUUGCUACGACGCAACAGCAACUCAACGGGUUUUACUUGACCGAAGUGCCAACGCACGGAUAUGUUUCAACAGACAGACCGUUGAUGGCCAUGGAAAAAUAUUAUUUGCGCAGCUAUGACGCUGAUGAACUGCCUAAACAGCAAUCAGUUAACACGGCCGGUUAUAAACAAGAGCACCCCGAUCGCAACGCUGGCAUGGUUCAAUUAGCAAGCGGGCCGUACUUUACGAAUGCAGCCGACAAACCAGCCAAGAUAGAGAUCCUUGAUGUUAACAAGGUUGCUGAAACCGGCGCUAAGGUGCGAGCCACUCCGAAACCGGAAAACAGGCCGCUUAAGGUCAGAGCUCCGGGAGCGAUAAGCGCCAUGACAAACAAAGCGACUAGCGCCGUCAGGAAUCAAAUCCGAACCAUUGGCUUCGUCGCCAUUCCGAUACUAGCGGGUUUGGCCAGCACAGUCAACGCUUGGCUGCCAGCCAUGGCGCAGCUCGGCCGUCGUAGAAAGAAGCGCUCGAUGGAGUAUGAACAAUUCGAGGAGGAAUGGCAGGCCAACCCGAAAUUCGUCGGUAUCGAUGACCGCAGACGGGCCAUACAAGACGCUCAAGUGCUGGCUCUUUUGAUGGGCAAACGCUACAUGAAUGUCAGCAAAGAAUCGUUGCAGGAAUCUAUCGAUAAUUGGAAAAAUCGCGACCAGGAAGCAGCGGCUGGGAUUCCGCCUCACACGACCGAUCCCAACAAAUUGGCCAGCACCAAUCGACCGUUGUGGUUUCAAUUCCAACGGCCCAACAAUCCUCCAGUUGCCGCCGACUCGACCGCCAUCCCGUCUACAACCACGGUAGCGCCAUCUACUGUUAACCGUCCGAUUUACUAUGAAGAAGAGGAUCCUCCGACGCAGAACAGCAACAACAACGAAAACGAUUCGCCUUUAUUCUACUCGGCGGCCAGCGCAUUAGAGGACAUGGUGGAAAACAGGGAGAUUGUGGAAUACGACGACACGGACAACGUUGGGCCAUCCACCUCUUCGUCAGGUAGCACGGCGACCGAAGCGGCCGACUAUGAAGAAAAGGAGACGCAAUCAGAGGAGAAUGUAGCAACGACAUACCAAGAACCAGUGACGCCGCAUAUUCACAUCCUACCCGACACUUCCCCAUCCGGCGAUGAUUUCGACAUAGUGGCCAAUUUCGUCCAAGCGAUGAUGAUGAACGGCAAUAACAAGAACAAUGGCAUUCCACCGGCAGAUGGACCGCAAAACAGAGAGGACAUGGAUAUGGAUGGACCGCAAAACAGAGAGGAUGUUGAUGGGCCGGAACAUAGAGAAGACGUGGAUGGACCGGAACACAGAGAGAACAUUUUCUUCGUCAAAGCGGCGUCUAUCGUCAACACUACGAAGACCAGUGGCUCCACCACGACCAAGCCAACUAUAGGAGCUACUCGAAUACCACCCAUCGGAAGUGGAAGCACUCUUAGCCUCUUCGCGGCAGAUCCGAUCAUGCCCAAUUGGACCAACACUAACGAAAGAGUCACCAACAGUCCAGUCACUUACGUGGCCAUCAGAGCCCCGCCGGUUCAGCCAGCCCCGCCUGUUCUUUCCAGGUUCCCGAGUCAAGGCACAACGACGUCCACGCAGUCGUACGAUUACGACAUUGGCGAUGUAAACGAUGGCAACGAUCAAAUGUCUAACGAACAAGUUUCGCCGCCACUUCAGUUCCACGAAGACGAAUCGGGUAUUACGUUCUUUGUCUCUAAAGACGUGCCCUCGCGGAUUACCUCAACCGCGUCGUCAAUCACUGCCGGAUUGGCGGAAACGAAACCAACCAGCACCGGUAGGCCAUCAUCGCAAUGGUUUAGCGAUCCUUUUGAAAAUGGACUUUUUGUUGGAUCUGGUACGACCAAUACGCUCCGGCCGGCAUCAUCAUCUACGACUUCGACAUUUCCUACCCAACCGGCCACUCGGCCGUCUUCAUCAUCGGCCGCUCCAACGACCACCUUCCAGUCCACCUCGCAGUCUACAAUCCUGCCCACGUCCUCUUCGUCCAUCACCACAUUUCCACCAGGAACAAGACCAACAUCGCCGAUUUUCCAGUCACAGUCCAGUACUUCAACCCGCCCAACGACGUCGAGUCUCAAUUCCCAAUCCAGUAGUCCAUCCGCAAGCCGACCAACGACGCCCACGUUCAAUUUAAAUUCGCAGUCUGCGACUCGUCCUGUUGCGCCGCCGCUCAAACUCAAACCCACUUCGCAAUUUGGAAACCGACCGUCGGCAUCCGUGUCGCCGCCAUCCAAACCCCAAGCCGGACGACCGUCUUCGUUGCUGACCAUGGCCAGUUUCACCGCUCCCCCUCGGCAGAAACCAGCGGUCCCUCCACCCGUUGACGUGUCCAAUGCCAACAUGUCGAAAUACACCAAAGUUCCCAGCGCUGUGACGACUCCGCCGCUGCAGGAUUUGAGCACUUUGACGGCGGAUUCCUCGCUCGUGUCUGCCACCGUCGAUAAGAACAACAUUUUAGCUGGAAUAGUCAAAGGAGCUGCACUGACUAGUCCGCUACCUCAGCAGUCAACCGGCCGACCGACGACCACCAACGCGGUGGGUGAGACGAGUGACGUCAACCAAUUGUUUGGUAGUUACAGUAGCACGUCGAGUACCAGCCGUCCUGUUUCGACGACAGGCGUCUCUUCGGAGGAACUGGACACUACAUUAGACAAUUUGGUGUCACAACUGGAAAUGGAUGCGUCCGGCUUGGUGUCGACCAAACGACCGAUUGGAGGACUCCAUUUCGUCAACACGUCGACGGACGUGGUCAUCAUCAAUCCUUACGACGUGACGCCGAGUUCCAUCUUUUCUCCGCUGCAAAUGGAAUCGGCUGAAGCUGAAACGGAUGAGGACACCAACGAAUCGUCUGACGCAGUAGUCGUCGAUGCAGAGGCAGGAAAUCAGCCGGACUCGGUGCCCGCUGUUUCCAAUCUGGCCAAUUUCUUGUUCGCGCCAUCUGGCAGCAGCUCGUCCGCAUCGUCCGGUUCCUCCGCAUCCAGUGACGGUACAGUAAGCGGGGCAGGCGUUACGACCAGCUCCACAUCGGCCUCGUCAGUCGAUCCGUUUGCUCUUUUCUACACUCUCGGAUUGGCCUCGGCUGGCAUUUUGGCUUUAACGUUGCCCAUCUGGGUUCCAUUGGUGGUGGCCAAGAAAAAGAGACGUACAGGUGCCUACGGGCCGACCAAAAAUAAGGAGAAAAAGAAGAAGAUUAAGAAUCAAUAUCCAGCUAAAAAGAAGAAAACGUCCGGUUACGCACAAAAGAAACCGACCUAUGGAGAACCACCUCCCAAUCAUUACAAGGAUCUGGAUGAAGACGUGCCUUAGAACGACGACGGUUAUCCAGCCGUCCCGCCGAAUCAUCCGACGUAUCACAGCACGACCGUCGAAGACUUGUACCGCUCUGGCGGUGGAGUCAAUCCAGAUUACUCUGACACGGACGUCGAUCAUUAUUCGACCUUGUAUCGUGAUUUGUUUUCGUCCAAUUCGGACGACGCUUUUCACGAUCCAGGACCGUUGAAUUCGGAGGACGUUUACGGACCUUCGACUUCCACUUACUACGAUGGCAAAAAGGCAGCGCGACGUAGGCGCAGCAUCAGCAGCAAAAAGUUCAAGCAAUCAUCACAUCAAAGAUUCCAUUAAACCAACUCGUCUUUCACCAACGUCAAAUACAACAGCCCAUUUUUUAUUCUUGUACCUCUCCUUCACUUGAUAAUUAGGUUCGCCCUUAACCCCUUGCACAGCCCGGCUAAAACCCUUUCCCCCAAUAUUAGACGUAUAUCUAAAGACUGUUGUGCAUAUAUUUAUUAAAAAAAAAAAAAAGUCUGAUAUUUAUACCUGUACAUUAAUACGCCCCUAAUCUCACCCACAUGAUAUCCGACACCAUCCAAUCAUUCGUGAUACCUGUUGUUUCAUUCAUUAUAUUUUUCCAUAGAUUUUUAGUGACUUGAUGACCGACGGACUGCUCUGAACUAUAUGCAUGUCUUUUCGCUUUCAUAUCGAAUAAACCCCAUCGUAUUUCGAAUUCA